AUGGUGCUAUUGUUUCGCUUGCAGCUUCUCGCGCCGCCCCCCCGUUCUCUCGCCAUUCGCGAGGAGCUCCUCUUUCGCCUCCACUCAGCGUGGCACACGUGCCAUCGCCCAGUCAGCUUCCCCAACCACCAUCAGCAGCACACGUGGCACCAUCCUAGUAGAUACGUCAACCCAUCAACCAUGCCGCCUGUUCUUCAUCUUGCGCCCGUUGCCGCCGCGAGGCUUCCAUUCACGCUCCGCGCAUCGCUUUCGUCUGCGCCGCGCUCCCCCAUUCCUCCGGCCGAUCUCCGCCUCGCAAUCCUCCCACCCGCAGCUCUCCGCAGUUUCUCUUCCGCGCCUCCGCGCCCUGUUCUCGCAGAGGGGCAUGCCGCGGAAGGCAGACGGAGUCGAAAAGUAGAAAUUUUGAGGGCGGGGGCAGAUGGAGGGGCGUUGGCGGUGAGCGGAGGUGCGGAGGCAGCGGGGGACGAAGUAGGGAAGGGGGAGAGAGGGGGAGAGGAGGUGGGUCGAGGGGAAGCGCGAGGAGACCCGCCAGUCCUCGCGGAAGCAGCAGCAUUGCGCCAAGGCGGCGAUGCUGGCGCGGAUAUAGCCGCGGAGGCGGAGGUGGGGCGGAGCCACGGCGGCGGAACGGGAGGCGGAAAGGGCGGGGCGCGGAGGCGCGGGAAACGGGUGCGGCUGGACGAGCUGUGUGUGGCGCGGUGGGCGCAGUACAGCCGCAGCCAAGUGCGCUCGUGGAUCCUGCAAGGUGCGCUCGUGGAUCCUGCAAGUCCCAUCCCACAGUCCCCUCCCUCAGUCCCCUCCCACAGUCCCAUCCCUCAGUCCCCUCCCACAGUCCCCUCCCACAGUCCCCUUUCUUUCACAACCGCCCCCUCCCUUGCUCCCGUUUCUCGGCCUCGUCUCUUCCCUACAACGCUCCCUUCUCCCCCUCCCCCCCUUCCCCCGCCAGGCAAGGUGUUGGUGGAGGGGCAUCCAGUCACCAAGGCGGGCGCGCAGGUUUCAGAGCACGCUGACGUCAUCAUCAAGGCCCGCGUGCCCAAAUACGUGUGCAGGGCGGGGUACAAGUUGGAGGGCGCGCUGCAGCAGUGGGGGGUGGCGGUGGGGGGGGCGGUGGCGCUGGAUGCGGGGCUGUCCACGGGGGGCUUCGCGGACUGCCUGCUGCAGCAUGGUGCUGCCCGCGUGUACGGCGUCGAUGUGGGGUACGGCCAGGUGAGUGAGCGUAUCCGAGUUGACCCACGGGUGGUGGUCAUGGAGCGAACCAACCUGCGCCACCUGUCGCCCUCUGAUUUGCCGGAGAAAGUGGACGUGGUUACCCUCGACCUCUCCUUCAUCUCCGUCCUCCUCGUGAUGCCAGCGGUGGUGGGGGUGAUGAAGCCGGGGGCGCACCUCAUAGUGCUUGUCAAGCCGCAGUUUGAGGCGCGGCGAGGGCAGGUGGGCGGAGGGGGCAUCGUGCGCAGCGAGGCCGUGCGGCAGGAGGUGCUUGAAAGAGUGACGCGCGGUAUAGAGGAGUUUGGAAUGGAGGUGCAGGGGGUGAUGACGUCACCGAUAACGGGCACGGAUGGCAACGUGGAGUUCCUGGCCCACUUCGUGCGACGGCCUGUGGCAGCACCUCAAGAGGUGGUUCCGCCAGGCGACUCAGAGGACCUUCCUUGA